AUGGUGCCACAGGAGGCCACGAUGCUCCUGGCUCAGCUCCUCCUCAUGAACCACUUCCUCGCCGGCUUCUCUCACCUCCCCGCCGACCAGCCGCUCUUCCAGGACAUCAAUGGCAUCAACAGCAUCGAGGUGGACGCGGGAUGCCCCUACGGCUGCGUCCGGUGCUCGGCCCUCAACGGGUGCCUGGCCUGCAAGCCGCCCUUCUACCUUCUCCUGCGCAGGGACGGGGCGCGGCAGACGGCCUCCUGCACGAGAGCCUGUCCCAGGGGCUUCUACAAGGUGACCAAGAAGAGGAACGGAUUCUGCGCCAAGUGCACGAUGAGGGGCUGCGCCGAGUGCGACCGCCACCACUACUGCUCCAGAUGCGCCGCCGACUUCGUCAACUUCUUCGGGAAGUGCAUCCCCAGCCACCCAGAGAACGCCCUCGAAACGCCUUACCGAGGAAGACGAUCUAUUCCCCGCCCGCGAUCCGAGACCUCGGGGACGCCUCCGAGUUGCGAGAGGGACGCGGCCAUCGCACAGAACCGCUGGCUCCUCGAGGACGCUCAGCCCCGUCAGCUGGUCCUCCCAGAGCUCCCUCGCGUCCCAGGAGACCUCCUCUUCUAG